GCUGUCGGGAAGCCGGGCCGGGAAGAUGGUCGUCACCAGGUCGACGCGGUCUCAGGCCCGGCUGCAGCGCACGUCGCGAAGCUCCCGGGAGAAGAGUUCUGCUGAUGGGAUUCAAACACAACCAGGAAGCAGGAAUGAGUCAGAAUCUGACGAUGGAAGUACAGCUGCAUCGCAGACUUCUGGGACACAAAGUUCAAUCCCUAGAACCCCUAAAACCACGAAGAGGAAGAGCAGAGCUAGCUCGCUAGCAGAGAUAACUGAACUAUCUGCUGAUGGAGAGACCUCUGAAGCAGAGUCUAACUCUUCUUGUGUGUCUGAGGCCCAGGAGCCCAUUCUCAGAAUAACUAGGAGAAGGCAGAUUGUAAUUCCACCCACCCCCCAGAACAGUGUUAGGAAAAGGCAGAAAAUGACCCCAAUACAUGAAUCUCUUGAUGAAGAAAUCUCUGAAGCAGAAUCUCACACCUCAGGUAUUUCUAGGGUUAAAUCCACCACAGAAACAACAAGAAGCAGAAGAAAAACGACUAAAUAUAUCUCAGUUCUGAGCCAAGAAACACAUGCAGAAUCUGAUGCUGAGUCAUCGUGCUCAGACAUUUCAUCCUGUGGAAUUCUGCCCAGGAGAAUGCCCAGGAACCGGCAGAGGAAAUUACAAGCUGAGGCAGAGAAGGAAGAUACUCAGAUUAUACAAGGAAAUGAAAAGCAAGCCGGGUAUCCAUCUGUGAAUUCAGAAGAUUCAAAUACUAGACAAACCUCUCAGUUACCAGCAAAAUCACAUUCUCCAAGCAAUAAGCCAAGUUUUGGUAAUAUUGAAACUUACAAUGACCUUGAUGAUUCCUUUCACAGAAAUUCAGAAAAACUGCUAACUGUGCAAAACCACCAUUUGGAUAGAAGAGAGGAAAAUCAGGCUGAUGGUGUACCUUUUACAGGAAUACAAAAGGACUGUAAGAAUUUGAAUAAAGAGGACAUCAAAAUAACACAUGAGAAAAAAGAAAUUAAUAAGAACAGUUCCCAGCUGGACAAUCUUUCUGAACUUCAGGACACAAGCUUUCAGCAGUCUGUUUCUCAAAAACAUUCACCCUCCCCAAAUAAUGAAACCACAUCACAGGCUUCAAGUCUGAACCGUGAGAACAUAAUGAAGUCGUUAGCUCAAACAUUUGCAGUUGUGAAAGUGAACAGAUGGAGUGGAGAGAGAAAGGGUUCUAUAAACACAAGUGACUUGACACACUUCGGUGAUGACAGUGGCAGCGAUGAACAGCCCACAAGCAUAGGUGACCUUGAAGACAGAAACAGCCCAAAGCUUGUAGACCUCGAAUGCGAUACGAGCCUAUGCAAGUCUGAACUCAGCACGUCUCAGGAAGUAGAUGGUUCUGUUUUAUUAGUUCUCAGCAGUGAUGAAAGUCAGCAGUCUGAAAACAGUGAGGAUGAAGAGGAUGCUCUGUCUGUCAUUGACAAUAGUGGCCAAAAGAAAUCAGUAAGUGGGGCCUCUGACAACUCGCCAUGUGACAGUGCAUUGUUUGUCAUCGACACAACACCUGGGUUGAAUGCUGAUAAAUAUUUUUACCUGGAAGACAAGGCAAGUGAGGCUGCUAUUGAGGAAGAGGAGGAGGAGGAGGAAGAUGAAAACAGUGAAGAAGACUCAUCAGACAGUGAUAAAAACAAAGAUGAAUGUAGUGAUGAGGAAGACUUCCUAAAUAAUACAAAGUCUAAACUUUUGAAGUUAACAAGCAGCAGCAUAGACCCUGGUCUGAGUAUCAAGCAACUGGGUGGUCUGUAUAUUAAUUUCAGUGCAGACAGAUUGCAGCCUAAGAAGAAAAUCCUAACACAGAUCAAGGAGAAAAAGAAAGAUGAGCUUCUGCGGAAAACUGUCAUUACACCUGAUUUUGAAAAAAAGGAUUGUGUCCCACCAUAUAGUGAAUCAAAGCAUCAACUUCAGAAAAAGCGCAGGCAAGAGCGACAGAAAACAGCAGGAGAUGGCUGGUUUGGCAUGAAAGCUCCAGAAUUGACGGAGGAACUGAAGAAUGACCUCAAAGCACUGAAGAUGAGGGCAAGCAUGGACCCGAAAAGGUUUUAUAAGAAGAAUGACAGGGAUGGCUUCCCUAAGUACUUCCAGGUGGGAACCAUUGUUGACAAUCCCGCUGACUUCUACCAUUCCCGAGUUCCCAAGAAACAAAGGAAAAAGACUAUUGUGGAAGAACUUCUGGCUGAUUCUGAGUUCAGGAGAUUUAACCGAAGGAAAUAUUCAGAGAUCAUGGCUGAAAAGGCAGCAAAUGCAGCAGGGAAAAAGUUCCGAAAAAAGAAGAAAUUUCGCAACUAAAAUCCAUAAACCAAACCACAAAAUUUUACAUCUCCCCUUCAUUUGCUAAAGAUAUUUUGAAAACUUAACAUUAUCAUACCAUUUAAUAUAGACUCUUUAAGGAUUCUGCUUGGAAAUAAAGCUAACAGAAUCAGUCUUGUA